UCUCUCUCUCUCUCUCUCUCUCUCUCUCUCUCUCUCUCUGCGGAGUUGCCAAAGUUUAUCUGAUGCUGUCGAAGUGUGAUUCGAACUUGUGCAUCGUUCGUUGGUUCGUUUAAUCCCGAUUUCUUGUUUGAGAUUCCUCGAUCUUCAUCCAUCGCGAUUCAAGAGGCGUUUCUCUCGUGUUCGUCAUUGUUUCUCUGACAAACCCAUCUGCAAAAGUUUCGAAAUUUCGAUUCAAUUUCGUCACUGCUUUGCGUAACAGGGGAAGAAUAAUAAUGCAGGCGUCAACGUAUGCGAUCAAAGGAAACUCCGCGUUUGCGUUUCAGAAGCGGAGCGCUUCUAAUCUCGGGAACGGACCUCUCCGUUUGCGGUGUAACGGCCUUCCCGCCGCCGGCAAAUCCGAUUGCUUUAGAUCACUGCGUUCUUCUGGUUCGGCGACCAUGGGAGCUGAACUGGCGCGUGCGAGAAACGGGAUCCAGACAGUGAUGAAGUUCUCCUCGGUUAAAGCUCGAUCUGUCAGAGCUCAAGCCUCUGGUGGAGAUAUUGAGGAUGCAGCUCCUCUGAAUCCUCAGGGGAAAAGCUCGGGGACCGUAUUGCCAUUCGUCGGUGUUGCUUGUCUAGGAGCCAUAUUGUUCGGUUACCACCUCGGGGUUGUUAAUGGUGCCCUUGAGUACCUUGCUAAGGAUCUUGGUAUUGCCGAUAAUACUGUUUUACAAGGAUGGAUCGUUAGCUCACUGCUGGCUGGUGCGACGGUUGGUUCGUUUACGGGAGGUUCAUUGGCUGACAAGUUCGGAAGAACACGUACAUUCCAAUUGGAUGCCAUCCCACUUGCAGUUGGAGCUUUCUUAUGUGCGACGGCUAAGAGUGUGCAGACUAUGAUCAUCGGGCGUCUACUUGCUGGCAUUGGAAUCGGGAUCUCAUCAGCAAUUGUGCCACUUUACAUAUCCGAGAUAUCACCAACUGAAAUCCGGGGUGCCCUUGGAUCUGUAAACCAACUGUUCAUAUGCAUCGGAAUUCUUGCUGCCCUCAUAGCUGGACUUCCCCUCGCCGGAAACCCUCUAUGGUGGAGGACAAUGUUUGGUAUUGCCGUUGUCCCAUCUGUUCUGUUGGCUUUAGGAAUGGCGUUUUCUCCUGAAAGCCCACGGUGGCUGGCUCAGCAAGGAAAGAUUUCCGAAGCCGAAAAAGCAGUCAAAACACUGUAUGGUAAAGAGAGAGUUGUUGAAGUCGUGCGUGAUUUAUCAGCCUCUGGUCAAGGUUCCUCGGAGCCGGAGGCUGGAUGGUUUGAUCUUUUCAGCAGCCGUUACUGGAAAGUUGUUAGCGUCGGAGCAGCUCUCUUCUUGUUUCAACAAAUGGCCGGGAUAAAUGCCGUUGUGUAUUACUCUACAUCAGUGUUCCGAAGUGCCGGGAUUCAAUCUGAUGUUGCGGCUAGUGCUCUUGUCGGGGCAUCGAAUGUCUUCGGAACUGCUGUUGCAUCCUCUUUGAUGGACAAGAUGGGAAGGAAAAGUCUUCUACUCACUAGCUUCACUGGAAUGGCGAUGUCGAUGCUGUUGCUUUCGUUAUCCUUUACCUGGAAGGCACUUGCUGCGUAUUCCGGCACUCUUGCCGUUGUUGGAACUGUUCUAUACGUACUGUCGUUUUCGCUCGGGGCUGGACCCGUGCCAGCGCUUCUUCUCCCGGAGAUAUUCGCUUCCCGAAUCAGAGCAAAGGCCGUUGCUUUAUCUCUGGGCAUGCACUGGAUCUCGAACUUCGUGAUCGGGCUAUACUUUUUGAGCGUGGUAAAUAAGUUCGGGAUCAGCAGUGUGUACAUGGGAUUUGCCGGAGUCUGCCUCCUCGCCGUCUUGUACAUAACCGGGAACGUCGUGGAAACAAAGGGACGAUCGCUCGAGGAAAUAGAGAUGGCUCUCACCACUGGUGCUUGAUUAGGUGUCGAGUGAAUUCAUCAAGGCUUUGUGUUAGAUUCUCGUGCGUAAACUGCAUCCUCUCUUUUUCUGGUAGCUUUGUACAAAUAAAGUCUUGUCUCUGUUUCGUCUGGGUAUCUCCGAAGAUCCGUCAAUUGAUUUCCUUUGAUAUUUUUCCA